AUGCCUGAAGUGAUCAAUAUCUCAUUAUCCCAGAGGGCGAACCACCUAUCCACACAUUUUUACAAUGCCCAGGAAAGUUAUCUAGACUAUACAAAGUCCGUGUCGAAAGCAGAUAAUAACCCUAACGUCUUCUUCAAACCAACAUUAUCCAGAGAUAAAUCCACUGUUAAUUACAAUCCAAGAGCUUUAAUAUGGGAUCUCAAAGGUGGAUUCGGUGCAUUAGGCCAAUUUGAAUAUUUUGUUUCGGAGGAAGAUGAAGAUGAAUGGAAGGGGAAAACUGAAUCUAUAGCUAAAGAUCGUAUACCCAAGAGUGCAUAUCAAAAAGCUUUAGAUAAUAAUAGUCGAGUUCCUCAAUUGGAUACAUCAAAUACUUUAUAUUGGACUGAUUAUUCUAGAGUGCUUUAUGAACCGAAAGCUUAUAAUGAAUUGAAGAAUUGGGAGGUUGAUCCCAAAAAUUAUCCAAAAGGUAGAUUAGCUUUAGGUCAAGAAAGAGAAUUUGUUGAUUAUCAAGUUGGUGUUGAAGAAUGGAAAAAUGAUUAUACAGGUGUCAGUUUUUUGGAGGACAAAUACAGAACAAGUUUAGAAGAAUGUGAUUCGUUGACAGGGUUGAAUGUUGUUUCUGAAGUUGAUAGUGCUUGGGGUGGAUUCACUAGUGAAAUGCUGCAUGAAUUGAGAGAUGAUUAUAAUCCAAAAAAUUCAUUAUUCACAUGGGGUAUUUUCAACGGUAAAAAAAUGGAAGAUCUUUCAAAUAAAGAGAUUUUGUCAAGAAUAAGGACAUUUUUGGAAUUGCAAAGAAGUUCAUCAUUGUUUAUACCAUUGGCCACACCAAAAAACCUUCCAGAAUCUUUACAGAUAGAUAGAUCUAGUCAUUGGCAAACUUCUGCAUUGCAAACUCUAGUUUUUGAACCAUUUCAAACAAUCACCUCUCAAAGAGAGCAUAACGUGAAUUUCAAUACAAUUGAAGAUAAUUUGACCUUAGGAUCUCAAAGAAGAAUUGUGUCAACAGUGAAAGCUUCUACUGGUGAAUUGAGCUUUGAUUUUGCAAGUGAAUUUUUCGUUGAAGCUAAAAAUCUUCACGAGUUCUCUAGAAGUAGUGUUCAUAGACCUGCAAAGAUUAGUUCACAAGAAGAUUUUAAAGAUCCAUCUCAAUUGCCUGGAAAGCCAACUUCAAUUGAAGGCGAAAAAGUUGAUAAAUCUCAAACAGAUUAUAGUUCAAACUUAGCAUUUGGUACACCUGAUUCAUUCCCAGAUUUUGUUAAUCCAAGUGAUAAUGUCACUGCAACUUUAGGAAUAACAACGGCAGCAAGAAAGACUUUGCUAACAAUGAAAACUUUUGUGUCAAAAUUUGUUAGAGGUGAUGAUAGAGAAAAUAUGAUUCAAGAAUUGGAAACAUUAGCUGAAGACUAUGAACAUGGCUGGAAUGAUAGUGAUGAAAGUGAUGAUGAUUAUUGA